UCUUGGCAAAUUAUUUCCAAGACUUCUAGUAUUAUUUGUGUCACAUAGGAAUAAUUCAACUUCAAAUAUUUUAAAUGUUUAGGUAAUUGAUGCAUCUUAAGAAAUGGUAGCAGAUUCUUAAGAACAUAAAGUGUGAAACAACCAUGCAUAUUCUUUGUUAACGGCAUCAACAAAUGGCUACAGAUAUAGGAGAUAUUGUUAAGCAAGGCUAUGUGAGGAUACGCAGUUGUAAACUAGGAAUAUGGCAGCGACGAUGGAUCGUCUUACGACGAGCUUCUAGUAAGGGUCCUCGUCGACUAGAAAAGUACCUAGAUGAAAAAACAGCUUCUUGUGGGGGAAGCCAUAAGGUUGCUGUUCUAAGUACUGUAACUCUUGUAUCUCGUUUGACUUCAAGUAUCAGGAAGCAUGCAUUUUCAAUCUGUUUUCAGGAUGCAGAAACUAAAUGUUUGGCUUCUGAUUGUGAACUUGAAGCAGACACAUGGGUGAAGCUGUUAGCUCAAGAAUGUCUUUUACCCCAGACAAGUCUUAUUACUGGAGAACCUGACAUUCUCAGUCCUGGAAUCCAGAAAGAGCUUCAAGAACAAUUCCAUGUGUACCUGAUGCCAACCCCUAAACUUGAUGUAUUUGGAGAGUGUUUGUUGCAAGUAACUCAUGAAAAUAUCUACUUGUGGGAUACAACCAAUCCACGUAUCAAACUAGUAACUUGGCCUUUAACUGCUCUUAGGCGGUAUGGAAGUGAUUCUACAAAAUUUACCUUUGAAGCUGGAAGGCACUGUUUUACAGGAGAGGGGAUGUUUGUUUUUUACACAUUGGAAGGAGAAAGGAUAUAUUGCAAAGUUCACCAGGCAACUUUAGCCAUAGCCAGAGCUCAUUAUAAAGUGAAAAAACAAACUGAAAAAUCUCAAGCUAUUGACAAGGAGUUGGCACAUAAAAAAAUGCCGAUUUGUCAAACCACAGUUGAUACAGUGAAUUCUUGUGAGGGUUUAUCCUCCCUUACUGAACGUUGUGAGACUGAGUGCCCAGUGAAUGAGGAAGUUUCGGAACCAGCCAAAAGCAACCCACAUGAAGAUCUAUCUUUGAGGUAUUCCCUUGCUACUACCUCUAAGUGUAGCCUUCGCUCACAUUUGUUGUCUUGUAAUAUGCACAGACAAGGCCAGUAAAACUGUAUCUACAUAAUGGAACCAGACAGUUAACCAUGAACUCUGGUGUUGGUACACUUAUGGUUUAAGUUCCAAACUAUAUAUUUUUCUGUAUAUAAGAAAGAAUUCUAUAAUUAUAUGGUACAAGUAUAUUCUGACCAAAAUGGGUUAGUUGUUUGUUCCAGGACAUUUCAUCUUGAAAACUUUAAAAUCACUUGAUAAACUGUGUUGUGAAAUGAAAAUUUAGAAAGAACUAACAAAUUUAUAUAAAAACCUUUGUAUAGAAGACCCACAUUAUAUCUCCAAUAAAGUGAACAUAUAUAUUUAAUAGUAUUGUUUGGAAGGAAAAGUUUAUUUGUGCUACAGAGAAAAUGAAAAAACUGUUGUGAAACGUGAUUGUAAUCAAUACCCAUGUUUUGGUAUUAACUAACACACAUUUUAGACAGUGGUUUGCUGUUUCACAAAUGAAUGUUCAUUGAAUUGUUGCAUAUAUAGAGAAUUUGGAGUCUAAAGAGGUGAGUUUUAAAAAUAUUUAUAUAUAUAUAUAUUGGAUUUAUCUUAAUCACUUUUACUAGGAAAAUGAUUCAAUUAGGUUAAAUGUGAUUUAGUAACCAACCAUUUAGCUUUCUUCAGGUGUUUCUGAAAUAGAAUGCACAGAGCAUAAUUAUUAAUCUCUGAACUAAGACAUGAAAUAAAUGUUCUAGCCCUCAAUAUUAUGCCAGAGUUAUGUAUGAAAAUAAUAUUAAAAAAUGUUGACUAGUUAGCUCACAAGUGUUCAAGUUGGAAAUGUUUUAUGUUUAAUUGAUUCCUUGCAUAUAAUAACCUAUCAACUGUUGUUCAUUUCAUUUAUAAGGAGCUAGACAAUUAAGUUCCAAGUCAUAAUAAAUAUUCUAAUUCUUGAUUAUUUGCAGAAAUUAAGACAAAACAUUAUGUAGGUAAUUUAGUAGUGUAGAAAUAAGCUUAAAUUAGUAAAAUUUAUUUUUGCAAGUUAUGUUGAAUUAACAUCUUUUAAACUUUCCUUCUUCAGGGAAGUGUACCAUCCGAAAGAGUUUGGGUUAUUGGGUUUUGUGAAUUAUGGUUUAUAUACAUUUUUGAACACACAUUUCUGAAAUAUCAUAAAUUCAUUAUUUGUGUAUGUAAUAUAACUUGUUUCCACAACUGGUAAAACUGAAGUAUUAAUAAAAUGCAUAGAGCUGUAGAAGUAUGAUUUUACAAUAACAUCUAUACAUAUUUUUUUUUCCUCUCUGAUUAUCUUUUAAGUGCCUAAAAUAAGCUGCAUGAUAAAAUAUAUUAAAUUUUGUAAAAGGUUGUGAUAAUGAGUUGCUGUUGUCAAUAAAGAAAUAACUAAA